AUCUCCGAGUCAGUAGUUCCCAGUGUCACAUCCGAGUCGCACAUGCCUCAUACCUGAUGCACUGUUCACUGUUUUUUUAUAUACGCUGCAGGUGCGCGCCAAGUCACUCUUAACGUCUGCGGUUUCAUUCAAAUUGUUCGAACAGACCGACCUGCGCGGUAGAUCGUCGUUUCUGCAGCGCUUCGUGGUUCGCGGUCAAAGUAUCGCAGUGGCAGUUUAUACCGCACGACACGCAGCCCCUUCGGAGGUGUUUUCGAUAUCGCGUUGAGAUAUUCGCCCUGAUUGAAUACCAUACCUACCUGCAGUGAAUAUAUCCGCGGUGCAGUGCAGUUUCAAGAAAUUUCUCCCGUAAAACGUCUCGCCACUUUUUACUUCGCACCUUCGCUCACCUACUUUAUGCGAGGAUCGUACUCAAGAUGACUGAUCGGAUUCCAGCAUCUACGACGUUAUUAUAAUAGUUAUCGUAUUAGGAGGAAGAAAAGGAAGAAGAGAUUCGACCGGUAACCGAUUCGCGUCAAAAUCUCGCUCAGAGAUCACCCGUGAGGCACGGGCUUUGCAGCUCGCAGCUCUACAGUAUCAAAUGCUAUGGAGGUGAUUUCAACGCGGCGAUACGAAGCCCGGCCCGCAGCCGUGGCGUCAGUCACUGCAAACAUCGAUCAUGAAAAUGCAGUUGCGACAGUCAAAGAAGAGGAAUGGGAGACGAGAAAAAAGAAGGAGAUCACGACCACGCGGCAGAUCGAGACCCGGGUGAAACGGCAGGUUGUCCUCGAGGACGGCGAGGUGGUCGUCGACUCGGGACCGGUCGUAACUACGAAUACCACCGAGGACGUGGAACAGCAGGAGCACACGACCCACGAGCGCAAGACUGCCGGUGAUGAGCCGAAAGAGAUCGAGUGGUCCGAGGAUCGUGCAGGUCACGAAUCGUCCGGAGCUCCGAGUAUAUUGCAAAAGGAAUCUAACGAGACGGUGGUCAGGAGUAGGGAAGAGAUCGAGGAACGCCUCGAGACCGAGGACCGUCAACAGCUAGGCGACAUCUCCGACGAGGUUUAUUUGAAAGCGGUUCAAAACAACAAAGGAGACUUGAGGGUUGCUUUAGCGGAAUCAUCAAAGCAAAUUGUACCUGUAACUGGACCACGUGUGGUUCAGCACACGACGAGGAGUAAUAAAGUAACGGACACAGAGAACAAACUACAGAAGAGUCAAAUUCAAGCCGAUGGUCGUAUCGUUACUGAAACUAAACGUACCGUAGAACACGAGGAGGUAAAUGACGACGAGGUGCCGGAUGAUAAAGGGGCAGAAGAUUAUGGGGAUGAUGAAACGGAAGUGAGGAAAGAAGGCUCUCACAGGUUUUUAAAACAGAAAGACGAAGAGCUGGUUGACUACGUCUCAGGUGGAGAAAGAGUCGCUCGUGAGAUGCGAUACGUCUCUGAAAACACUGAGGGAGAAAGGACAGGAGAUUGGCCUCCGGUUCCUACAACGAUGCGGACCACACGCCUCCACAAACACUCUGGUCUUCCAGAAAAUAUGCCUAUCAACCGUAAAGAUGCGCUGACCAAAAAGCCUCUGGACUUGGAAGAGGAGGAUGAAGCGAGGAAGGUGGAGACAUCAAAGUGGCUUGAGAGCCACUUUGGAAGCGAAUCUCGCUCCUCUCAUGGCUCCCUCGACUUGGACGAUCCGCCUGUUCAAACUGGAACCAAUACGAGCUUCAUUAAUGUAACCAUGAAAUCUCUACCGAUGUCUCCAUCGAGAGAUCGGGACAAUGGCUGGGACAGAAAUCACCUAAACACAUCGUACUCUAAUCAUCAGCAGACUCCGACCAAGAAGGCGGAUAGGCGAGACUCGAAUUCUUCAGCUGGAUACUAUCAUGGGAUUAGCGAAUGGUCUGAAAGAUAUCAGAACCAAAACAUAUCAGAAAAGCACAACUUGCAGGUAUCCAAUACGUCAAUGAACUCUUAUCCGGAUAAUGGCCGAAGCAACGGAUAUCAAGAAACUGGUAGAAAUCCGGUUGAUUGGACAUAUUCAAACAGCUACGGAUCGUCGCGUCACCAGCAUCAAGAAUCGAGGAAUAAAAUUGAGCUGCAGGAUACACCGGAAGCUCCUUCACCUCCAUUGCGUCGGAGAGCUAGAGAACAACUCUUGGCCAGACAAGAAGAAAAAAAUCAGAAUAUAGGACGAGUAGGGAGUCCAGUUAAUGUUGUACAACGAACAUGGGAAAACCGGAGCCGUGCCAUACAAAAAGAAGAAUUUGCAACCCACAGCGACAAGAUCCCGAGCCCUAAAAUCUCCAGUGGGUCUCGUUCUACAUCACCAAUUCCAGUUCAGCCUCCACCAAAUCAAGUGAAGAAAGCCAUACCUCCACCAGUCAACACUCGGACGCCAAAAGCAUCAAGCAAUUCGAAAUACAAGAUUGGCGAGUCUUUUCGAAAGCUGGUAGGCAAACUACGAUCAGCGAGCUCGGAGAGGAAAAACAAACGAAACAAUACAGCUUCGUCUGUAACACAGACUGACCACACAUCAACCUAUCUUCAGUAUAAUGUUAUUGAUAAAAAUAUACCUCUGGUGACUGAAUCAGAUUUAGAAAACAAACCACCGGAACGACCACCGCGAUCCCCAAAAGCAGCUAAAGCUCAUUGGCAGCAAUCGAAUGAAGGAGGUCCACCUGUCCAAAGAUAUUACUUGGGUGAGGAUCCAUUCGGAGGAAGCAUUUAUGGACGUGAAAUGGGAUACAGCGGUUCCAAACCUACAAGCAGACAUCAUCAACAGUCAAGUCGACAAGAUACUGAGCCAAGAGCCGAGCCUGCAAGUUCUAUUGGUCGAUUCAGCAAGUCUACAAGUCGAUUGGCAAAUGAGUAUGACAGAAAUGAACAGUUCCGGAGCACACAGACUCUGCCACGGAAGUUGCAUACUCAAAGUAGGCAACCAUAUGCAUCGUCCUCAACACUGACGCGGCCCCGCCCCAAUCAAAGACAGCAGAAAUCUCAAUCUCCACCAGCGAUAACACACUCAAUAAAUAAUAAUCGGCAAUAUGGAAGUAUGAUAAAUAUUUCUAUCAAGAACACAGUGACUUCGUCGAAGUUAGCAGCAAAUAAUGCAAGCCCAGUGCCAAGUAAACCUGAAAGAACUUAUAAAUCGUCAUUAUUGAGAAGCAAAAGCUUCAAUGUCGAAGCAAAUCGAGAAGCAAACGAUCCUUCUGUUCCCUACAAAUCGAAUUUACAACUUAAUCGUCUGGACGAAACUCCACCACUAAAAAGUCCUGGAAUUUUGGCAAGCAUAAGUCGUAGUAAUCGAGAUUUAUUCAAGGCAGCAAAAUAUGAAUACUGAUAUUUUGCAGUUACAAGAUGAUACUUUGACUGCCGAAAGAUUAACUUCCAAUGACGAUUUAUUUGCCAUUAAAAACAAAUUACUGUCUCUCUAUAUAUCCCAGAGAUGAAUGAAAUUUCAUGCGUAAUGUAGUGACUGUUAUAUAACCAAAAUAUAUGUAAACAUAUACAAUUUGUAAGAAAACUGUAGAUAAAUAUUGCUACUGUAAGAAAUGAGUUUCGUUUUAAUUGUGUAUGCCAGAGUAAUUUUUUAUAUUACGAUUUGGCACCAUGGUUCUCGCUACAUCAUUAGUAUUUUUAGCUCUCGAUCAGAACAAUAGCUCAGGCAAAUGAUUGAUGCAAUUUGGCUUGAAAGAUCAUUCUAAUAGGAUUAAAUUUACGCUUUGCAACUGAUCAAUUACAGAAGUAACGCCACAGAUUUAGAUAAUUGUAAGUUCGUAAGUAUAGUCAAGCGACAAUAAUGUAAUAUUUUUUUGUUACACAAUAAUAAUGUUUAAAGUAUUUAGAAUUGAAGGAUUAACAUAGUUGCUGAAUAAUUUACAUAAAAGAUGUGUGGAGAAAUUGGGUACUGUAACAAUAGCUUUUGUUCUGAAUCCAAGUCUCUUUAGUAAAUGAACAGUAUCAAUGCAUGCACGAUAAAUUAUUUCUACUUUGUUGUAUCUUCACAUUAGUCGAUAUUCGUUUUUAGUAAGAACUGUAUUUCAUGACCAAGCCAAUACUCAAUUAAUAAUAGCAAGAAAUGUAACGACCGUCAUUGUGUAUAGAUAUAUUCACCCAAUAUCGAUACAUACUCGGAUAUCUUUAGAUAUAUCAAUUGUGUACUAACCAAAUUUUUAAAUUAUUAAUCAUGUACUGUGUUUAAUACUCGUAAUAUAUGUCAUAUCAAAUUGCAAUAUCAAAGGCUACUCUAUAUUACGUUUAGUUGUAGACAUCCAAUUUCAUGAUUCAUUGAAUAUUUCUUGGCGUAAUAGUAAAAUAAAAGUGAGAGUAACGAAUUAUUGGUGAAGUUAUUCUCUAAUAAUUCCAGUUUCAAUAUCUUUCAAUUGAAAUGACUAAAUGCAAUUAAUAUGAAGUGGUUUGAUAGGUUUUUGAAGAGAAAUAUGUAUCUAUGUACAGACCGAGUAUAUGUACAACAUAAUAAGUCAAUAAAAUAUUCAAUAUUUUUUUUACCUU